AUGUACAGCGAAGCUGAUACAACCCUUCAAGGAUCCUUGCAAGAUGCGACACAGGGUGAUGUUAGUGCACUCAGUGGGCUUUUCUGGUCCGGUUCUGCUCUAGAUCGGUCGCCUGCCCAGUGCUGGGACCCUCCACCUCAUCGUCAAAUGGCAUCGGACCUUGAUAUCCAUUCACCACGCUCAUUUCACUACAUGGAUGGAACUCAGAGCAUCUUCAGCGUAGGAGAUUCUGGCUCACACUACCGUCUAGAUACAGACAUCGUCUCGCACCAAGAUAUACACAAUACCUUUUCUCAUGCACCAGGUAUCAGUGACCAUCAAGACACAACAAAUGCUGUGUUUAGUGAACACUCAGAAGCACCUCCUUCUCGAAUGCCUUCAGAGGAAAGUACGCAUCCUGGAGCGAACGAUAUACCUGUCCGCUAUGAUACCGUGGAUCCCCACAUCCUCCCUACGAUGCCGGCAUCCUCAACUCAAAGUGGACAAGCGGGCUUUCCUAUCCCACACCAGCCUGCACAGCUGGCUAUCACGGCGAACCUUGACCAUGGAGGUCUUGAAGAUGUCAAUGUUAAUCAAGGCCCGCAUGUGACCAUCAACGACCUGAUGGCCCAUCCUGAGACACAGCGAAAGGUUCUCUUAACUCACAACCAGCAGUCUGAAUCAUAUCUGGAGCGGACGUUCGGUAAAGAAAAUGUUAAAUUGCUCCCGUUCCAAAAUCCUUCGGAUCCUAUGAUUAAGAUUUCGCCGCACGUUUCGGACUCUCCCGUGCAAAUUGUCGAGCAAAAAUUAUUCAUCCCCUACGACAGGACGAGGAGAGCACUUCGAGAGCGUUCUCGUAACCUUCUCCCAUCCCCAACCUUCUUGAAAAGCGAUGAUGGGAGUAUCGGUGUGCGUCUGGGCCGUGCUACGCAGGGGCAGGGCUUGGAUCCCGAUUCAAAUUAUUUAUCGCCGGUAGGGGAUCGUCAAACUUUACAGUUGAAGAUUUGGAUUAGUGAUACUGCAAAGCCCGAUUUCGACAAGCAACUCUCAGUGACACGCUUCACAGACUUGAAGACGCUGAUGAAAUCAAUCGCCAAGCGUGUUCACCAAAUUCUAUCGACCGGGCCUUGUCAAGUUGAUAGCCCGGACGAUUAUGUUCUCAUCGGGUACACCUUUGUAUCCAAGGGCGCUGUCAUGCCUAUCCUCCGGCGUCCUCAGACUAUCAUCGUUUGA